AACGCUAUCUUUUUUCCUCUAUAUAUAUAUAUAAGAGAGAGACAUAUCCGGGAACCGUGUGUGAAUUUACAAAGCAAGUCCGAAGUUUGGGAAACCGAAACAUAACAAACUGAUUUAAGAAAUUAAGAGUCUUGGGCCUUAUUUACUAUCCGGAGGAGGGUAUUGCGGAAAAGGGGGAUUAUCUGAAAUAAUUAAAUCUCUUAGAUUUAGAAAAUGGCAUUGGGAAAGAGAUGCAGCACUUCUUUGAGAUCCAAGCGCGGUGGUCUGAUUGCUGAGGAGGCUCUAGGGUUAGGGUUUCUGAGGUUUACGGGAGGAUUGGGAAGGAAGAGGGUUCUCGUUUCGAAUGAUUUAGAGGAUUCACCCAUUGAUUCUGCUCCCAGGACUCCUCCAAAGAAGCAGCGUGCUGAGAGAAUGGUUCUGGACGCUGAAAGGUCUUCUCUCGAAGCCUUGCCUCAGGACAUUCUGAUUAGGGUAUUGUGCGGUGUGAAUCAUGAGGAUUUGAAACAGCUUUUCCACGUAUCGAAAGUGAUCAGAGAAGCUACUCUAAUUGCAAAGCAAUCUCACUUUGCAUAUAGCACGCCAUCGAAGACUCGCGCUUUUCGCACGACAAUAGAUUUGGAGGAUUCAAAUGAGUUUGACGACAAAGAAGCUCCGAAUGCUCCCAAACUUGCCAGGCGUUGUAAGUCGCGGCUGAGCAAGAAGAAGCUUGCCGACAUAUCUGUGGCAUUGUUCUCUUCGAUGGACGAGGAGCAGUGGCCGAGGAAAUCGCUAUUUAUGGAAACAGAGAUAUGAUUGAUUCUCAGAAGGGUUUUGUAAAUACACUCGGUGUCUGUCAUUGUUGUAGAUUUGGUUCUUUAGAGCUUAGAAUGAUUGGCGAGAUUUGUUUAUCAGAUUUCGGGUGAUAUUGUUCAUGUAAAGAAAUCUUUGCAAGCCAGUUCUUCAAAAGCUUUCAUUGAAGAUGGGGUUUGGCUUGUUUUGUGUCUUUUAUUUUUUGUACACGUAUAACAGAAAGGAGACAGAAAGGAAGGAGACUUUUAGGAGAGGGAUUCCAGGAUUCUAGUUUGAAGGGCAAUGCCAGGCACCCUUCUAGUGUCAUAAAUUUGUGAGUGCAGAGUUCGAUUCUGCACGCUCAUUGAUUUUAAUAAAAUGAUGAAUGUUUCCACGCA